CAAUAGUCCACAAAUCACUGGCUCUGCUGUUACCGUCUCCGACGAGAUGAAGACAGGGAUCUCUUUGUCCCAAUUGUCACGACUCGUACCACAGAGAAGAUCCAACGAAUGGAUCAAAUUGAAUGUCGGCGGCACUCAAUUCAUGACCACUAGAAUUACGUUAUGCAGAGAUCGGCACUCAUUUCUAUACAGACUCUGUCAAGAAGAUCACGACCUAAAUAGCGAUAAAGACGACUCGGGAGCGUAUCUUAUCGAUAGGGAUCCGUCAUAUUUCGGGCCAAUCCUUAAUUACUUACGACACGGAAAACUCAUUAUCGAUAAUGACUUAUCGGAAGAGGGAGUGUUAGAAGAGGCAGAGUUUUAUAACAUAACCCAAUUAAUAGAGCUAUUAAAGCAACGCAUCGCUGACCGGAAAAAAGCGGACAACAUUGGCAAACAUGUGCACCGAGUGUUGCAAUGCCAUGAGGAUGAGGUGACACACGUGGUCUCCUCCCUGUCCGACGGCUGGAAGUUCGAGCAAUUGAUUAAUAUUGGCUCUAAUGAACAACAGGCAGAGUUCCUGUGCGUUGUGUCCCGCGAUUACACCAACUCUUUGUCCACUCGACUCCACUUCAGAGACGGCAGAGAGAAGUUGUUUCAACCGAAAGCGGCUAAUGUU